ACCAAUUAAUAAUAUUCCAAUCACACACCAAAUAGAAAAAGCCCAUAAAUUCCGAAAACGCACCAAAACCACAACAACUCGUUUUCGUUCUUCAAUUCACAGAUUCCUCUUAUCGUCUUCGCGUUAUUCGUUGCAAAUUCGAAGGAGGAUCUCCCUAGGUUUACGCUAUGGCUUCGAAGCGGAUCUUGAAGGAACUCAAGGAUUUGCAGAAGGAUCCUCCAACUUCGUGCAGUGCUGGUCCUGUUGCUGAAGAUAUGUUUCAUUGGCAAGCAACAAUUAUGGGUCCUCCAGACAGUCCUUACUCCGGAGGUGUUUUCCUUGUUACUAUCCAUUUCCCUCCAGAUUAUCCAUUUAAGCCACCCAAGGUUGCAUUCAGGACAAAGGUAUUUCACCCAAACAUUAAUAGCAAUGGAAGCAUCUGUCUUGAUAUACUAAAGGAGCAGUGGAGCCCUGCUCUUACUAUUUCCAAGGUGUUGCUCUCUAUCUGCUCCUUGUUGACCGACCCAAAUCCUGAUGACCCUUUGGUUCCUGAAAUCGCUCACAUGUACAAGACAGACAAGAACAAGUACGAAUCAACUGCAAGAAGCUGGACCCAGAAAUAUGCUAUGGGUUAAUAUGGUGUUUGUGAGAGAGAUCCAUUUUUAAUUCAAGUGUCUAGGCCUAACAGCCUUUGUAUGAAAAAUUGUUGUCUUCCAUUAAGGUCCCUUCAUUUGAGAAUGAAAAGGGGAAUAUUUGUUAAGUUGUUUGUAUUGUGCAAAAGGAAAAUGCUACUUGAGAACAAGAAAAUGUAGCCCAAUUAAAAGUUUGUUCAAUGUGUUAUAACGUAUGUGUUAAUA